AUGUUGAACCAGUGCGUGGCAUCCUUUUGCGAGGCCAAGAAAUUGGACAAAGCAGAAGCACUUAUCGUUGAUGCUUAUGCUCUUCUUGGUGAAAUGAAAGAAGCUGGGAUAAGCCCAGAUGCUAUUACUUACAGAUCAUUGAUAGCUAGGGAUACCAAGAGAAAUUUGUCAUCAGAAUCCAUGGACUUGCUUGAAGAUAUGCGUCAACAAGGUCUUGAGAUCAUUUCAAUGAUGAGGAUCAACUUGGAUGGUAUGCAUAUUGCACAAUCUAGUGGUUUAGUUAGAGCAGGUAGGAUGGAAGAGGCAAACGAUUUUAAGGAGCAGAUGAUGAGUGAUGGGAAUAUUCAACUUAAUAGAGCUGGUGAUAUUUUGGGGGCUGUAAACUAUUUCGAAGACAUGAACAUGAUGGGAUUUCGUUCAAACUUUGUUGCCUUCAACUGUUUGAUUGAUUGCUUCUGUAAACUUGGUCAUAUUGAUCAAGCAAUUGAAUUGUCUGAAUUAAUGGAGGAGAAGGAUUCUAUUACGUAUAACACUAUGGCAAACAAUCUCUGCAAGGCAGGAAGGUUUGGUUGGGCAUCUAAGCUCAUCACAGCUUGUCUUAGAGAUGGCAUCAGAAUACCACAGCGGACCCAAAGGGCUGUCCUUAAUGGCAUUCGUAAUUCACGGUAA